GCCUGCCUGCACGUCUCAAUUCAGUGUGCGAUUCCAGCUGUUGUACCGGACCCGGCCACUAGAGGCCGCUGCGUACCCGGCCCCGACUUUCCCAUCGAUCGCGCGCGCGCCGAGGGGACGUCAGCGCGUCUUGACGUGACGCCGAGCGUCAAUGCAGAGGGCGUCUGACGCUCGGCGUCGCGUCAUUGGACACCGGAGCUUUGACGCGGCGACGUCAGAAAAAGCUCUUCCAAUGGGAGAGGGAGUGGUUUCCGGGUGCCGUUUUGCAAGGACUUGCUUGGACCGCAAAGCGGCACUCGGGGAAAAUGGAGGACGCGCUCAUACGGGCCGUUUCUCUUUCUCCCGAAAUUUGGGAUACGAGACAAAAUGCGUACCGGGACGUGACCAAAAAGGCACAGCGAUGGACGGAGAUUUCCACCACGUUGCAUAUACCAGUGGAAGACUUGAAGAAAAGGUGGAAAAGCCUGAGAGACCGCUACAUCAGGGAGAGGAGAGCACUUCAAGAAAAGAAAAGAAGCGCUGAUAAAAAGAAAAGCUGGAAAUUCUAUCCCAUUCUGACUUUUUUGGAAAACACCGUGUCGGAGAGGGGAAGCCACGCCCACGCCGACGCCGACGCCGACGCCGCGCGCUCCCCGACUCCCAUUUCUCGCCCCUCCGCCCCCAUUUUGCAACCGCCCACACUUGUGGAUUCCGGCGAGGAAACGUUCACCCUGGAUCUCUCUUUUGUCCCCCGAGAGGCGUCCACGUCCGGCGCCUCGUCUGAGACCGAACCUCGUCGGCGCGAAGCCCCGGGUCGCCAUCGCGAGAGGAAACGAGGCCGGCGAAAGGAGGACGACUUGGACAGAGACCUCGUGGAGAUGCUGAGUAAAGAGCAGGAUGAGGAGGAACUGUUCUUACUCAGCUUGGCCCCUCGCCUCCGAAAACUGGACAAUGAAAAGAGGAGUCGGGCCAAAAUAGAAAUCCUGCAACUCCUUCACCGUGCGCAAUUUUCAUAAGACAUGAAGAUGGCGUUCAUUCAAUAUUUCUUUGUUCUAUACACACACUUUAUAAUAAAAUAUUUUUGGCAAUGGAA